GUGUAGGUCGUUCAAGUGCGAGGGCUAUUUAGAAUAGCUUAACUCCAACCUCUUGUUUUGUAAACUUAUAUUUGGUUACUUCUAUAUGAAGUAAACUGGGAGUGGAAGCAAACUAAACCAGUUAUAUACCGAGUGUCCUCAAGAAAUACUUCUACAGCUAAAUAGGAAAAAGCUACUAAAUGGGAUCUCCGGUAGAUUUAAUUACAUACAGUCCCGCUGCUGCACAACAUAACCUUGCUUUGAUUAACUACUGUCGCAUAUCUAUCGCGGCACUUUCUGGAUGUACAGUCGGGAUAUUAGGUUUGACAGGAAUCAUGGGAUUUAUGUUUUAUUUUCUGGCGCAUGGUUUCCUAUCAUUGUUACUGUUACAAAAGGCAGGAAAAUCAUGGAACAAAUACUUUAUUCAGCGUUCGUGUUUAACGUAUGGAGGGGUUUUCGGAGAACUAACUACUUAUAUUUUAUUUUGGACUUUUAUUUAUGGCAUGGUUCAUGUAUAUUAAACAUAAUCUAAAUAUAUUGACCUAUUUUGCUUAAUCUCAAAUAUAUUUUGAAUAAUGGAUCAUAGAAGGACUUCAGUAUGUAUAAUAUUCUAGUCUACCAAGAGGAACUCAUUAAGAAAACAUCUGUUGAUGUAAAUUGUGUUUAAAUGGACAAAUACAUAAUAAAUAGAUGA